CUCGCGUCCCGGCGAUGGAGGCGGCGGCGGCGGCGGCGGGCGCCGAGCCGGGGAGCGGCUGCGGGGGCGGCGCGGAGGAGCCCGUGGUCUCCCUGGCGGAGGUGCUGGCGGAGAACGAGGAGCUCGAGAAGGAGGCGCGGGCCGUGCUGGGGGGCAGCGACCACGAGCGCUGCAGCUACUCCCAGGGCGCGGUGAAGAGGCAGGCGCUGUACGCCUGCAGCACCUGCACGCCGCCCGGGGGGGAGCCGGCGGGGAUCUGCCUGGCCUGCAGCUACGAGUGCCACGGCACCCACCGCCUCUUCGAGCUCUACACCAAGAGGAACUUCCGCUGUGACUGUGGAAAUAGCAAGUUCAAAAAUCUGCAGUGCAAGUUACUCCCAGAAAAGGGCAAGGUGAAUUCAGGAAAUAAGUAUAAUGACAAUUUCUACGGAUUAUACUGUACUUGUAAAAGACCUUAUCCUGAUCCUGAAGAUGAGAUUCCAGAUGAGAUGAUCCAGUGCAUAGUUUGUGAAGACUGGUUCCAUGGAAGGCAUCUUGGUGCAGUUCCCCCUGAAAGCGGAGACUUCCACGAAAUGGUAUGCCAAGCCUGCAUGAAUCACUGCCAUUUCCUAUGGGCUUAUGCGUCGCAAUUAGCAGUUCCUGCUUUGACCAAAGUGAACUCCCUUGAAGAUGAAGGGAUUGUCCUGAAGGCUGAGGGAAAUGAAGAGCAGAAAAAAGAAAUAAAAACCGAAAGUGGAGUGGAACACCAAGAAACAAAGGAGGAAAAGCAAAUGGAACAGUUUAAUGAACCAUCCACUAGCUCUGGGUCUGCUUGUCCAGAGGUAGUUACUAAGAGUGAGGAGCCAGUCUGCAAGCUGAAAGAACUCCAAAGCAAGCAAUUUUUAAAAAAAGAUACUGCCACCUUUUGGCCAUCGAACUGGAGAAGCAAAUUAUGCACCUGUGAAGACUGUUUGAAAAUGUACUCAGAGCUUGAAGUCCAGUUCCUGACAGAUGAAUGUGACACUGUCUUGGCUUACGAAAAUAAAGGUACCAGUGACCAAGAAACAGAGAGGAGAGAUCCUUUAAUGGACACCCUUAACAGCAUGGACAGAGUCCAGCAAGUAGAACUCAUCUGUGAAUACAAUGAUUUAAAGACAGAACUGACAGACUAUCUCAGGAGAUUUGCAGAUGAGGGAACGGUGGUUAAAAGAGAAGACAUUCAGCACUUCUUUGAAGAAUUUCAGUCACGGAAAAGACGACGGACUAACAGGAUGCAGUACUACUGUAGUUAGACUGAGAGGGUCUGGAUCUGAAAGGACAACUGGGAAAACAAUAUUCAUUGGCAACCAGAAGAGGCAUCUUCAGUAUUAUUUGGCUUCUCAUCAAAAUCCAACUGUCCAAGCAACGUCUUCAUUUAUGUCUCAUACUUCCUUUAUUUGUAGCGACUAAAACGUGUUCCUAACAGGUACAUUGCAUUUAUAGGGAUUUCAGUACUGAUCGACUUUGCAUUCCUGUGAAAGCUGGCCUUGUCUCAAGGGGGAGGACGGCUUGUUACGAGAACAGUGUGCCACUGUGUAUUCCCUUUAGCCUUUCACCUAUUUUACUGUUAGUGCCUAUAGCUGUACGCUGUACUAAAACCUGGGUGGGGUCUGCCUGCCCUCCCUUCUGUACGGUGCAGGCAAUACGCAUGCGGUGUGAUUUGCAAGACUGGAGUGCGUUGCUUUCCUGCUUUAAAUGGCUCUGUAUCAUCUCUUCGGGGUGUAGUGAUUCUAGCGAAGGCUCCCUGCACAAAGUAAGUGUCUAUUUACUACACAGAGGGAGGCACGGCUCCUGAAAGGGCAAAGCAGGCAGGCGGUAUGGUCAUGGCUGUUGGGUGACAUUGCGUUCUGACAUUUGGGUCACAGUAGGUGAACUGAACAGCGCUGUACUUCUGCACGCUCGCUCGCCACUGUGCAAGUGCUCCCGAGGCAGGUGAAAAAUGAGAAAUCGUAGGUUAGGCUUGAUGCAACAGAAUGUUCUGUCUGUUUUUAUAAAUUCAAAAACUUUGUUUCUAAUAUUGUACAGUGAUGUUUUCCAUGCAAAAAUUUGUCACAUGAACUUUAUCCACUCACUAGAAUAUAAACAAUAUCUAGGAGGAGGUACUAAAUUACAAAUUAAGCAUCGGGGGGUUUGUUAUAGGACUUUAAUGUGCUUUGAUUUUAAAAACUAGCCUACUGCAAAUUAUUCUAUUUCCUAAGUGUUCCUGAAAACUCUGCAGCAUCCUGGCAUUUUGCUACAGUAUAAAACGUGUGAUCUUUUUAUAAUCACUGUGAUAAUCAUGGAACAGGAGAUGUUUUGCUGACUUUUAAGAAUCUACACUUAGCUACAAUUAAAUAUUGACUUUUCAUAAGUUUGGAGCCUAAUAUAGUUUUUAGUUUUCUUUACCCACAAAUCCCAAAACAUACUUUAAGAAAGUUCUAAUUUUUAACUCCUGCUUUAUGUAGUUGGAGGAUUUCUUUACCAUGGGGUACUAUUCCACUUCCAUGUUAGUGACAUUUGAGAAGAUCUAUCAUUCUCCCUAUUAAUUGUUUCUGACCACUUUAUUUACAAAAGCUAGUUCUAGCAUAGAGGCUCAGUUCAUCAGUUUGUUCCAUGCAAAAUGACUAGUUGCUUUUAAAUUUAACUCUGGGUAUUGUAUGUGCUUUUUUUGUAGCAACUGUUAUGGGAGUUGUAACUGCAUAUCUAACUACACUAUCUACAAAUUAAAGAACUGUUCAAUCUGUA